CACAGGGAAGAAGCGCAGGCGCCAAUGAGCUCCGCGCCUGACCGGAGUGAGCGGGCGUGGCUUACAGGAGGACCACGCCCUUCUCUGUGACUCCACCUUUGGCCUCCCCUCCUUUUCCAACGAUGGUGUCCCCAGGGGAUCAAAACUUCAGCGUCACAGCUGGGGACUGGCUUCGUGGUCCCUGAUGGGAGAGCAUGAACAGGUGGUAUGCUGUACUAGUGACCCUCUUUUGGCCGGCCUAUCCCGGGACUCUGACGACUCUGUUGCUCAUCUCUGUUCACCUCCGUUACUCGCCAUCACAUCUUGGCCUGCUAAGGAGAGGAGCAAGCACUCACAACCUCCUGGAGAGCCUGGGGCCUCCUCAGAUAAGGCUUUGGACUGUAUGACCCACUGGUCCAGGGCUUUGGAGCCCGAGAUCGUGAACACUGCUUCUGAACAAGCAGGGAAGUCCGGGGCCUGGGAGAAGGAGUGGGACUCAGAAUCGCAGCCUCAUGAGGGUGCAUCCUAUUCCGGCUCAGACUUGAACAAGGACCAUUAUCAUGACCAGGACCUUGUGAAGAGGAACCACUACAUAGCCAAGAAGUCCCUGGAGCCCAGCUCGUCCAAAGUAAAAGUUAAGAACACCAUGCUAAUUCCUGACUCUCAGAAGCUCUUGCGAUGUGAACUGGAGUCUCUCAGGACCCAGCUUCAGGCUCAGAGCAAGGCAUUCGAGUUCCUGAGUCACUCUGUGAGCAUGCUGGAGAAGGAGAGCUGCCUACAACAGAUCAGGGUCCAGCAGCUUGAAGAAGUGCUGUGCCCCACGAGCCGCCAAGGAGAGAAGUAUGGCUGUAAGUGGAGCACAGAGCAGGAGCUGUAUGGGGCCCUGGCUCAAGGCCUGCAGGGGUUGCAGAAGACACUGAAGGAAGGCGAGGAGCUGCAACGGGCCCGUACCACUCGCUGCCUGCAACUGUUGGCCCGGGAGAUCCGGGACAGCAAGAAGUUCCUGUGGGAGGAGCUGGAGCUGGUGCGGGAAGAGGUGACUUUCAUCUACCAGAAGCUCCAGGACCAGGAGGAUGAGAUCUCAGAGAAUCUCCUGAAUAUCCAGAAGAUGCAGAAAACUCAGGUGAAGUGCCGCAAGGUUCUUACCAAGAUGAAGCAGCAGGCAUAUGAUUCAUCAUCAUGGCCAGAAGCCAAGAGGGUGCCCACAGAAGGCAAUGGUUGCUGUAAGGAUGACCUCCAGAAGGAGCUGGGUGACAUAUGGUCUGCUGUUCACAGUCUGCAGAGCUCCAUUGACUGUCUUACUUUGUCCAUGGGCACCAGACCCAGGGCCUCCAGUCUCAGGGGCCAGAAAGGACGCCAGUGUAAGAGUUCUCAGUGCCCCUCCUGGGACUCUGAUUCGGACUGGGAGAGGCCUUUCAGCAAGAGCGGAUCCUACCCUUCUGGUACAGACCCUACGCAGCCCCUCUCCAUCCCUUACCAUCUGGCCCACUUGUGAUUCCCACAGUGUAGGUCUUGAGGCUGGCACUCUAUCUGGGCAUUUGGUCCCUGGCUGGCAACCCUGAGUUCUCCCGGUUCAAACCAGACCACGACCUACCUUCUCUCCCUGUAGCUUGAGCAGCUGGGACUGCUUGCCCUGAAGACCCCUCCAGAGAGAAAAUAAACUAGCUGAGACCUUCCUCCACCCUGGACUUUUGCACCUGCUGGUUCAAGAGUCUGGGGUCCUUCUCAUGCCAGCCCCAGAUAACUCUUAUCUCAAAGGAUGCAGAGACUGGCAUGACAGUGAGGCAAGACUUAGGGUGUGUUAAUUGGGCGUAUGAUCCAAGGACUCGGGAGGUAGGUGGAAGUAGGUAUAUCACUUUAAAGUUAACACAGCAAGUAUGAGACCAGCCAGAGUCACAGGUGACAGAGAAAUGAGCCAACCAAAUGGCUCACUGGGCAAAGGCACUGGCCGCCAAAUCUGAAGACCUGAGUUCGAUCCCAGGGACCCUCAUAGUGGUUGAGAACUGACUCAUGCAAAUUGUCCUCCAAUCUAAAAAUGCAUACUGGCACACACCUUGGUAAUUAAUUUUUUUUUUUUUUUUGGUUUUUUUG